GCGGCGGGGCGGGGCGGGGCGGGCGGCGGAAGACCCCGGGCCCGGCAGAGCCGGCGAAGGAGCGAUGCGGCCGGGAACGGGGGCGGGCUGGCCCGUGCCGCUCUGCGCGGCGCUGCUGUGCCUCGGGGCCGCGCGCUGCCAGCCAGUUCUUGAAUGUUAUCCUGGUGGACAUCAGAUCCUUCAGAGCCCUUACCGAAGUGUUGAUUUUGAUUCAUCACAGCUUCAACAAUCAGCUAUACAGGAUUUAAUAUGUGAUCAUUCACUAACAUCAGGAUGGUACCGCUUUCUAAUAUUUGAUAAGCCAGCUGAGAUGCCAACCAAGUGCGUAGAGAUGAACCACUGUGGAACUCAAGCUCCUGUUUGGUUAUCUCUGAGGGAGUCAGAAUCCAUGCCUCAGCCUGGUGAGAUCAAACAAUUAACAGCUUGUGCAACAUGGCAGUUUUUCUUCAGUGCCACAAAAGAUUGCUGUCUUUUCCGAAUCCCUGUAAACGUGAGGAACUGUGGCAAUUUCUUCAUCUACUUACUACAGCCUACCCAGGGGUGCAUGGGGUACUGUGCAGAAGUUGUUGCAGAUACAAAGCCACAGCUGUGUGAUCCUGGUAAAAUGGAAAAUCAAGGCAUCUGUAACAGCAAACUUCCUCAUUCAUCCUCCCCAUCUCUUCCACCACUACCUCCAGCUACCCCUGAAGUUGUGGCAGAGACUGUGGAAGCCAGUGUUUAUUUAAGGUGCAACUUUGACUUUCCUCUUGCAAACAGCUCAGUGGGGUUUAUUGUUGCUUGGUCCAGGCUUUCUUCUACAGGCCUUAAGGAGGAAUUGAAACAAGAAACAACAGUUCAGACAUUUUCACACUUAGAACUGGAUGGCAUAAACCUCAGACUUGGAGACAAGAUCUAUUGUAGCAGUUCUGCUUUUUUCUUGGAGAAACCAGAUAUACAAAGCUCACCUGUUGAGAGCAAGGAAUUUUUUGCUGGCAUAAAGAUGCAGCCUGAGGCACUUGAUAUAUCUGAAGACGGGAAAGAAUACAGAUUAACAAUAGAAAGUACAGUUCCUAUUCCAUGUCCUCAAUUUAGCCAACUUGAAAAUGACUGCAAAAUCUCAUUAAAAUUAAAAACUAUUGAACAAGGUAAAGAGCAGAAAGGCUUGAACUUGGCUCUUUCUUCUUGUCAUGUGGAUCUUCUCCAGAAACCCUGCCAUAACAGAACCUGUGGCCAAGCUGUAAUUUAUUUUACUGCUGUGACAGAUUUUGUGCAAGAUGGAGACAUACUUACCCAGAUUGUGGUGGAACCUGUAUCUAGUGACAAUUUCCUGUGGAACGGGUACACUCCUGAAAGCAUACAGAUCAUGGUAAAGGAUCUGCCCUCUGCUUACUGCUACUCAUUUACUGACCCACACAUAGUGACAUUUGAUGGAAGACAGUAUGAUAAUUUUAAAACAGGAACAUUUGUGCUCUAUAAGAGUACAUCUCGGGAUUUUGAAGUUCAUGUGCGCCAGUGGGACUGUGGAAGCCUUCACUACCCAGCAUCAUGUAAUUGUGGUUUUGUUGCUAGAGAAGAAAGUGACAUAAUUGCAUUUGACAUGUGCAAUGGUCAGCUACAUGAGUCUCAGCCACAUUUAUUUGUAAAAAGUAGAGACAAAAGAAGAAGAAAUGUCAGGAUCACAGAAUCCUAUCUAGGAAGGAAAGUCACGAUCUCAUUUUCUUCUGGAGCUUUCAUUCGGGCUGAUGUGAGUGAAUGGGGGAUGAGCAUGACUCUCAGGGCACCCAGUUCAGACUAUAAAUAUACCAUGGGGCUUUGUGGCACAUUUGAUGGAUAUGCAGAGAACGACUACCACACUCGAAAUGGAAUGGAAAUCAAAAAGGACUCUAAUGCUCAUCUUACCUUUAUUAAUGAAUGGAGAAUUCUGCCGGGGGACAGUUUUUUUGACAAAAUACCGGCUUCUUUAACUUCAUCCAAAAAAAUGCCUUUCUGUAGUUGUACAGUUGAUGAUAGUGAUUUAUAUCAAUCAAUGAAUAGGUUGAAUUCUGUUUCUCAAGCAGAAUUUGCUUCAUCUUGCAAAGAAAAUGAAAAUGUCAGGUUUCUCUCUUUGAUACCAGGACUAGAUGUCACUGCUGAGUAUGCUGGCCCUGCUGAUCUUCUCAGGGGCUUAAGCAGACAUAUAUUUGCACAUGAAAAAGCUUCUUUGGAACUUCUGUUAGGAGAGGAUCAAUUUCAAACCAAAUUUCAAAUAGCACCUAUAGCAGAAGAAGUAGUCUCUACAAAUGUAAAGGAAGAAAAACAAGGAGUAUCGAACUUGGGAACUCAAAGACACACACAGGCAUUUAGCAGCCAAGUGUACAACAGACAAUCUGUUGGAAGUAGAUGGAAGCGUCAGCAUUAUUACGAACACCUUCCAGUAUUCCCAUACCAGAGUCUUAGCCAAAUGGAAAUAGAAGGUUUUAGCUAUUUUUUUCCAGAAGAUCACACAACUAACACGCGCCAACAUUUUUUGCCUUCUUGGCCCACACCUUCUGGCCUCACUGAAUCCAGUGCUUUGGAGUUGUGCCAGCAAACAAUAGCUAACUCCAGCAUAGGAAGAUCUUGUGCUGCUCUUCUUGACAGGAGGAUAGAAGAUACAGUAGAUAUGUGUGUAAAAGAUUUAUUGCUGAAGGAUGAUCUCAGCUGGGCAGAAGCAGGUGUGGCCUUGUUGGAGAACGAAUGUGAAAAGAGGGUUUUGGAAGAAAUAAAUUACAACACACAAGAAUUUCAGGAGUCAGUUGAGGACCUUCUCUUAGCAUUAAAAUGCCCCAAUCUCUGCAGCGGUAAUGGAGAAUGUGUAGAAUGGGGCUGUGCAUGUUUCCAAGGCUUUAGCUCCUAUGAUUGCAGCUUUUUGUCUGAUCAAAUUCCAGAAAUCACAGAGCUGGAGAAUGAUGGAUUGUGUGACAUUCGACAGUAUGACUGCACAUCUGUGAGAGCUUUUGGCCAGGGAUUCAGAGAGUCAACAAGUCUGAAAUGUGAAAUUAUCAAAUUGCAGUACAGCCAUAGCAAAUGGAUCUUUGGAGACCCUGUAUUUAUGCCAGCUGCCUUCCAAAACACGGGGACUGUUGUUUGCCAACUACCAACUGAUGGUCAGCGAUCUGAUGUCAUGGAUCUGGUUAAUGAGAAACCCAUUGCAAGGUGGCAGAUUAAGAUUUCUAAUGAUGGAUUCACUUAUAGCAACCCAAAAAUAAUGACAUUAUUUGAUGGAGCUUGUCAAAUAUGUGACCUGAGGACAGAUGGGUUAUGUACAUUAAAGGAAAAAACAUGCAACAUAGAUGGACUUUGUUUUGGAGAAGGAGAUACAAAUCCUACCAGCCCCUGCUUACUCUGCAGACCUGACAUUUCAAAGUUAACUUGGUCAGUUGCUGAAAACAACCAGCCUCCUCAACUUCAAACUAUGCAAGGUAUGCUGCAAACGUUUUAUGGGGAGAAUUUUGUGUACCAGUUUUUGGCUUCAGAUCCAGAAGGCUCUGCUGUCCUUUUCACAUUGGAUUCUGGCCCUGAUGGUGCCAACCUAUCCCCUUCGGGACUCCUUAUCUGGAAAGUUGCAGCAAAGAUUCCACAGAAAUUUACACUUGCUUUGACGGAUGAUUGCAAUGCUAAGACUAAAGUGAUAAUAGAGGUCAAUGUGAAAUCAUGUGAUUGCUUAAAUGAUGGUUCAUGUGUAACAAACAUUAAUUUCCCACCUGGAAGUGGGAAAUAUGUGUGUGCGUGUCUGCCUGGGUUCGAAGGUAAUCUGUGCCAAGUGAACAUUGAUGACUGUAAAUCUAAUCCAUGUGGUAUUGGGAGAUGCGUUGAUGGAAUAAACAGCUAUCACUGUGAAUGCACACCUGAGCUACAGGGUAGAAAUUGCCAAGAAGAUGUGAAUGAAUGUGCAUCCAACCCUUGUUUCCCUGGAGUAUUUUGCUACAAUACCUUUGGUUCCUUUAAUUGUGCUCCAUGCCCGAAAGGUCUACAAGGAGAUGGGAAGAUAUGUUAUGAAGGCUUUGAAGACAUUUAUAAUGAAAGAAAGGAUGACAUUGAAGAAACUGGAAGGAGUGAAGGUGAAGAGUAUAUAUUUCAUGAAGAAAAUAGAAUUUCUAAUGAACAUGCUGAUGAGAACAUAACUGGUUUUCAACUGUUGUCCAUCAGCAGAGUUCCUAAUGCCACAAGCAAUAUACCUGGUCCCACUGGUAGUCCCAAAAACUAUAUUGCUAUGGAAAUAAACAGUAGCACCCCAUCAGCUUCCACAGUAAAAACAAAACCAACUUGGGAAUCAUUUAAUACUCAAAGAACUACUUUUCUGCAAUCUGCUUCUGACAGAAAUACUGACCAUACCUUUAGUGGCAUUAAUGGUCACCUGGUUGGCAUGGAAGAAAGCUCUUCAGCAAACACUGUGAUGAGCAAAUCUUCAAGAAACAAUCCUGUAUUACCUGAGAAGAGAACACAGAUAGAAGCUGAAACUAGCCAUUUAGAUACUAGCAAAGACUCAUUGCUUAGGAACAAAAUAAAUGUCAGCAAUGUGACUUCUCGAGCAAGCAAAGUUUCAGAAAGAGAAAAUAGCCACGAAGUUGAACACCCAUCACUCAAGCAAAAGGAUAGCCAUUUACCAUCUGUUUUCACUGGAAUCACUAUCCCACCAAAAGUAUUUGACACAGAUCAGGAAUCAGAUGCAUUAACAAUGGCUAAAGUAUUAACUUGUGCUGAUUUACUCUGUUUUCCUGGGGUCCCUUGUAAAUCAAGCCAAAAUGGAAGCUUCCGAUGUGGUCACUGUCCUUAUGGAUAUUAUGGAGAUGGUGUCACUUGCAGAGCAAUAUGUAGGCACUCAUGUGGCAAAAACAUGGAGUGUGUGGCACCUAAUAUUUGCAAAUGCAAACCUGGUUACUCUGGUUACAGCUGUCAGACUGCUUUUUGUCGACCUGAUUGUAAAAACCGUGGAAAGUGCAUUAAGCCAAAUAUUUGUGAAUGCCCACCGGGUUACAGUGGCUCAACCUGUGAUGAAGGUAAAGGCAUCAUCUGUUUCAAAUAUACACAUUGUAUCCCACCAUGUCAACAUGGAGGCACAUGCUUGGCCAGGAAUCUCUGCACUUGCCCUUAUGGUUUUGUAGGACCACGGUGUGAAACAAUGGUUUGCAACAGACACUGUGAAAAUGGCGGUGAAUGUCUUGCUCCAGAUACCUGCCAGUGUAAAGCUGGUUGGUAUGGACCAACCUGCAGUACAGCCAUGUGUAACCCAGUAUGCCUCAAUGGUGGCUCCUGUACUAAGCCAAGCGUCUGUCUCUGUCCAUAUGGAUUCUUUGGUCCCCAGUGUCAGAAUGCUAUCUGUAAUCCUCCGUGUAAGAAUGGCGGCCAUUGUAUAAGAAAUAAUGUUUGCACCUGUUUGGAUGGAUACACUGGCAGAAGAUGUGAAAAAAGUAUCUGUGACCCAGUUUGCAUGAAUGGAGGAAGAUGUGUAGGACCGAACAUUUGUUCUUGUCCCUCAGGGUGGAGAGGAAACGCAUGUAAUACACCCAUCUGUCUUCAGGAAUGUAAGAAUGGCGGGGAAUGUAUUGGACCAAGCAUGUGUCAUUGCCCUCCACAGUGGGAAGGAGUUCAGUGUCAAACACCUGUGUGCAGUCAGAAAUGCCUGUUUGGAGGCAGGUGUGUGCGACCUAACACGUGUUCUUGUCGUCCUGGUUAUACUGGAGUCUUCUGUGGAAAGAAAAUGCAGGUACAAAAACAUCACAGUUGAAGAAAAUCAAUUACAUGAAUUCCAGGACCAUGCUGGAUGGACCAAGAGACUCUUGAAAUCAGAGAGAGUCUUUGAAGGCAAUAAUUAAGUUUAUUGAAAUAAAGGGAGCAAUGUCCUGUAGUAUGCGUUUAAAAUAUUCAUUAUGAUUUAAAAACCAAAGACAUACGUUUUGUAAAAGCUGCAGUACAAUCACAUGCUAAUAACAGACAUCUAAUCUACUAUUUUUCCGGAUCCUCUGGCUACCUCACAAUCAAAUUACAGCAUCCAACUUCCUAUUGAACAUUAAAGUUAGGAAAUAUUGCAGAUCUCAAGUAUGCUGGAGCCUGGAGAAGCAGUCAGUGGAACUCAGAUCUAUAAUGAAUACCCUUUCUAAAGGCCCAUUCGUACCAGCUGCUGAGCAUCUGCAAAGAGCAAAUUGCAGAAACAGCCCAUGAAAUCCUGUGUUUUGUUUUCACACACUUAUUGAAAAGAGCGCAUCUUGUGUGUCCGAUUUCUGAGGGAAAUCAGGACUGCUUUUUAAUCUAGUUUGCUUAGUUAUGAUCAUCCUUGGUCUGUGUUAUAGUGAAUAACUUGUAAGACCUAAUGAGCAUAAUCCUAAAAAGAUAGGGAUGAGGUACCAAUAAUCACAUGUACCAUCCAUAAUCAGAUACAGAACAGUCCUGGAUUAAUCCAGCAGUGAGAACUAUCGUCACCUUCUCUGUUGGUAAUUUGGGACUCAUGUCAGUGUGAAGUUAUAAGAGACCAUUCCUACACUGUGCUGUUCUUGAAGUAUAUUUCAUCUGUCCCAUCCCACUGAUGGGUGGGAUUUGGGGGACUGGGGAACAUUCUUUCAGUUCCUGAAUCUGUCAUAAAGGCAUGAGAAUGUUUUUAUCCAGAGAUGUUCCCAGAUGGUCCUUGAAAAAGCAGAAGAGUGCUGAAAGAGAGAAAGGGUUGGUGUCUUUAAAGAAGUAGUAGAUGCUUCAUCUGCUUCCUUAGAAGAAAGUAAUAUAAUCACCAAAAUUAGUAGUUUACAAAUGUCUGUAGAAAACUACAGGACUUCUUUCUUCUGUCACCCAUUGGUUCAAGUAACUGUCAACAACUCCUGGCAGCAAAAUUCAAAGGUUACUACCUCUCUGUCCUGAGGCUUUCUGGGCACUGGGGCCUCAGCCAAGUGUGAAAGGUCAUUUCUGUGCAUAAAGCAACCAACAGAUGGCUUGGAAGUGAUGCAGAUUUCCCCUUAUCUAGAUACCAUAGUUCACAGUGUAUAAGUUCAGUUUUGAAGUUCAAUUUUGCAAGGAAUGGUCCUGCACCAAUCAAGUGCCAGUCCUGAUCUUGUUUGCUACGAGUAGUGCCACCAAACCCAGCCCUGCCCCCUGCAAGCAGUGCCAAGUUCGGCACUUGGCUGGCACAGCUGGGCUCGGUGCUUGGCUCGUGCAGCCCCAUCCCCUGCAAGUGGCACUGGGCUUGGCCCUUGGUUGAUGCAGACCAGGCAGCGCCACUCACAGGGGUUGGGGCUGCGCCAGCUGAGGGCCAAGCACAGGCCUAGCCCUGGCAAGUGGUGCUGCAGCACACAUCCACCCCACAGGUUCCUGGCCCACAGUGAGGGCACGCAGGGACUGGUAUAAGGUAACCCUAUAUUUCUGAUCCAAAAAGUUAGGUCAACAUAUACACCAGAUCUACGAAAUCCCUAAUAUUUUUAAUCAGAAAAAUGGGGUCAACUUUUAUAUCAUGUCAACGUAUAUACUGUGAAAUAUGGUAAUUGCAUUUGCAGUUCUUAAUUAUGUGUUUACCAUAAAGAAGCCUUACAAUUUCCAGUUCAGCUGGUUGAUGCAGAGUCUAUAUAGCUGGCAUUUCCACCGGUUUGGAACUGGUAGGAUUUAGCCAAUUGCCUUGAUGCUGCCAUGCAAAUACCAGGCUAGAGCUGUUACCUUCAUGAUAGCCGUUCGGCCAUUCCCUGAAUAGAUUUCUCUUAAUAGCCUUGGUUGACAUUUUCUGAACUCAGCCUCCUCCCAGCACAAUACUGUUGGAUUUCUGAGCAUAUUACUGUAGGGUAUUUCAGAAGCCUUUUCAAUUUCCCACUUGCAUUUUAAGUUGCAGACAAACUGCUGUGUCUGCUUUUCAACAGCUUCCUUAAAUACCAGCAUCUAACUGGCAGAUAGCCAAAUUUGCUGGAAGUAAUUUGUCUCAUAUUUAAAAUCAAUUCAGAUGAAUCAUGUGAGAAAAAGCUAUAUUCUACCACCAUCCACUAUCCUGGAAACUGUUGGAGCCAACAGGAGUGUCCUACAAACGCACAGGAUUUUUAAAACAUUUUUUAAAUUGAUGUACUAAUGUUGCACGAACCAAACUUGAAACAACCUGUUCCAAGUGGCAUGUUAUCAUGGCAGCAUUCUAAUAAUGAAAGGGAAUGUAUAAUAUUGUCAGUGACUUAGUGUUAAGAUUUGUUUGUUAACAAGCUCGCACAUCCCUUCACUCACAAAUUAAUGAGUCUGUCAGAUUCGUACCAAAUUAACCCGUAGAAAGAUGCAUUUUCAGAAUCAUAUCUUAUUAGAAUUGCCAAGUUAUUGUCACUAACCGCACUAUACAUUUCUUUUCUAAAGUAUCUGGAAAAGAAACUGCAAUCAGCAGAGCUAAAAUUGGCCUAUAUUAGUUAAAAUCUAAAGGAGAGAACACUGUGAAGCAAUUCUGUAUUUCUGCAAAUGCAAUAAAGCAAACUAAAUAUUUGGUAUCUACCUAAAGUAAGACUUGCAGAGCUUUAUGGUAUGGUAUUUGUGUAGUAUUUUAUUCUCCAGAUUGUAAAUCACGUACAUGAAAUAAAUGCUGUUUAUUAUC